GGCUUGUAAACAGGCCAACACAAACUUAACACUGAUACCCAUGAUAUUUCAUCAUCACCUGAUCACGUACUGGAAGAUGGUACUGGCUUUAUAAAGGGGGUGAAAAUCAUGAACCACUCAUACGGAAUCCAAUACAAGCGAGCCAUGGCAUUAUUUAAUCAUCUUGGGCUGGUGUCUCUGGCCAUGCUGAUGCUGGUGUCUCAGCUGGACUUCACUAGUGCUGCUGUUCGGGUGUUUGGCUUACAUGCCAGCAGCCUCUAUGGUGAUCCUGCUGGAAACGAUCCUGAUCCAUAUGUUAAGGUCUGGUGUGGCUCUCAUUUUGGAGGGAUGUCAGAAUUUCAAAGGGAUGUUGCUAAUCCUUCAUGGUCUGCCGAGUUCAACUUUCUAAAUUGCAAGGCAAAUCAGGACCUGAAAUUUGAGGUGUGGGACAAAGACUUGAUUUAUGAUGACCACUUGGGCACAUGUGUAAGACAGGUGCAAAAGGGGACUUUCACCGGUAAUUGUCAUCUGGAUAAUGGAAUCCUGUUUUAUAGCUUUGAAGCAAAAUAAAUCUAUUCCAGACCAGCAUCUUGUAAAGCUGCUAUGAAAUAAACCUACACUGCAACAAGCCUGAUAUUAAUAAAAUAUGUUUUGCAUUGAUAUUUGUUCAUCGAAAUCUGCUGACAUACUUUUCUUCUUAAGGGAAAUGCUUUAAUUAUUGCUAACAUAAUAUACAAAUAAGUGUCUUAAAUCAUAGUUCCCUCUGUUUUUCAUUACAUUGAGGAAAUAAAGUUUAUCAGGCUGUUCAGAGUAAAGAAAUAUGGAAGCUUGUUUCUGAAUAAACAAUAAAAAAAUUUAAAAAGGUCA